CUGAAUAUCAGCUGCGAUCACAGAGUGUUUGAAUCAAUAUCUGCUUAUAGAGGCUUAAUUCGGUUAAGUUUCACCUUCACUAAAGCCUUUUACUACUUUCAUGAAUAUUCACUGCUAUAUAGCAUAUGUAAGUGCAAGAAACGUCUGUCAUUUUAUUUUGUUCAUUUUUAAUACAGUGGCAAAUAUCGUCUCUCGAUGCACAACUACAAAUUGUCUGGACAACCGUCACGAUACUGAAGCGGGAAUCUCAGUUUUUUAAAUUUCAACGGUUAUUCUGAGGAGAAUCUGCUGGUUUGUCGAGAGUAUAGCCUACAACCAUCUGUAUAUGGAGACAAGACAAUAGCAGAAAAUGACUGAGGGACGGACAUUGUGUGUCCCAUAGAAAGAUGAGAAGUCAGAUAAAGGGUGGAGGUGUAUGACUUCAUCUUUUUCUAUUUUUUUCCUUCAGAUGCCUGCAAACCUCAGCCAGUGUACUAUUUAACAACACUUGAUGGGUGAUCUGACAUGUUUUGAUCUCCUGAAGUCCAAUGAAGAAGCAUGGAUAACAGAAAGACAGUGCAUAUUCCUCAGCUUAGCAACGAAAUGCAGCUGAAUGUCAUGAACUGGGUGAAAUCAGGCAAAAUGAGUAUAGAUGAAGUUCUGAUUCGGGCUAACAAUGGCACGUUACACAAGCAGCGGAACUUUGAGCUGGAGGAAAAACAGUCACAGUACAACUUCAGUGUUCGUAAGUUCAACCGCUACAUAUGGCAGAAACGAGUGCUGCAGAUUGAUUUCAGCACAAGCCUUUUGUGCAGCAUUGAGAAAGGCAUUGUGAAACGGCAGCUCUGUUUUUCUGAGGUGAAAAACUGUCAUGAUGCACCAGGGACCAGGUUCUCGAUUUCGUUUAGAGAUCGGUCUGACUAUGAGCUGGAAGCUGCGUCCUUAGAGGACAAGCAGCAGAUCAUGCAGCUGGUAAAUCAGGUUAUCUACAGUAACAUAUACAGUCCUCUUGUGAACGGGAACUCUGUUGAAAUGCAAACUCCACACUUGCCUCCAACUCCUGACAACCUCAAAGAGGGCCACCUAUUACUGCAGAGAGGAGGACUGGCAUCAUUCAAAUGGAAGAAAUACGAGGCUAAUCUUCAGACUGGUCAGCUGACCUUGUUCCCAGUCACUCAGCAGUCUGCCAGCAGUAAUGCAGGUGUGUCUGUUUCCUCCAACGAGUCUUUCUGGAGUCUUUCAGACAUUUAUGCCAGUGUGGAUGAUAUCAGCUGUACUGGGGGUGAUGGGGCAGCUCUUGUCAUCCAUCUCUCCGAUGGUAAUGUCAGGGUGGAUACCCCCUGCAACACAGACACCUUCACACUGCACAACGACAAGAAUGACUUCGUGUUCCGAAUACCGAAAAGCGACCACAUGACCCCAGAGGCCAUAACAAAUGAGCGAGAUGCCUGGGUGAAAGCGAUCAAACAGCUAUGUGUGGACUGGAAGCGAAAUUCACAUCUUGAACACUUCUAUGAAGCCCCAGAAAAAGAUCUCGCUGAUGUUACAGAGUCAGAAAGUAAGACACAAGACGACCACGUGCCGCUCGCACCUCCGCCAGUGCCACAUUCACUGAGACCGCGCUUGCCCAGAACAUCCCCGAAUGUUCCUGCAGCUUUUCCAGCAGCACCAGAGCCAGAAACCGCUUCCCGGGAAGCAUCAGAAGCAGAACCGAAGCCAACCCUUACAGCACAGAGAAGAGCUGUGCACAAGCCAGACCGGAUGCCCUCAGCAGUGCCUGUGACCUCACCAGUGGCCACGUGCUCAUCACCGGCACCGUUUGUUUUGCCCCCGACGUUGCCUGUGCCGUCAGCAGUGCCAGGUCCUGUCCCUCCUGCCCCUUUGCCCCCUCCGCUGCCCAUGAAAUCCAAGCCGCUUUCAGAGAGGACAAAAGCUUUUCACUGGGACCUGGUGGCUCAGGAUAAGAUUGAGAAGUCGAUGUGGUCUCGCAGGAACCCCAGGAAGACUGAAAUUGACACCUCGCGCUUGUAUGAGCUGUUUGGAGUGAGAGAGAUGGGCCACGUCGGCAGAUCAGAGUCCAUCAGUACUAUGGAAAUCAUGUUGAACUCAAAAAUCGCUCAUAAUUUCAAUAUUUUCCUCAAAAGUUUCCCCGUGCAUCCAAAAGAGCUGAAGGACAAAUUGUUGAUUAUAAAUGAAGAGGAAGGGGGUCUCUCCGACGAGCAUAUUGCCUCUCUCAGGAGAUACGUGCCCACUCCAGAUGACAUUGAGAUGUAUAAGUCGCAUAAAGGAGACCCGAGUGAGCUGCAUGUGGUGGACCAGUACAUGAUGGAGAUGUGCAACAUCCCGAAUCUCAGCGCCCGUCUGGACCUGCUGCUCACGAUGCGAGAGCUGCCCAUCUGUAUGGAGGACCUUACUCCGCUGAUUAUCCAGAAGAUCCGCAUGUGCCAGCAGCUGUGGGCUUGCGAGUCAUUUGUCAGCGUGCUGGAGUACCUUCUGGCCGUGGGCAAUUACCUCAACCAGAACGCGGGCAAGGACAGGGCCAAGGGAUUUCGCCUCUCAUCCUUAACUAAGCUUUCUCAGCAGCGCGGGAACAAUCGGAAGUUCACCUUGCUGCAUGCCCUUGUGGAGCAGAUCAUGUUGCAAGAACCACGUUUGGCCACCUUUUUCCUGGAGCUUGCAGAAUUCGAGACUGUUCCUGGAGCUUCGGUUAAAGGUCUGACAGCAGAGGUGGACGUAGUGAAGAAUGAAUUUCAGAAGAUCGUCCAGUACAGGAAAACAUACAGUAAAAUUAAAAACGAAGUCAAUCAGCACCCCAAAUUCUUCAAAGACUUGAAGGCGGCCAUCGAGAAGCAUGAGGCCGAUCUCAGACAGCUGAUGAAGAGGUGUGAGGAGAUGAGGAAGCUCUACACUGACAUAUUGAUAAAAUUCGGAGAGCCUUUGGAUCAAGACUCCCAAGAAGUUUUCGGAUGGAUUUGCCAAUUUAUCAGUGAUUUCAAGAAAGUGUACUCUGAAUACACUCAAUGAAGCUGAAUUACCAUUCACAUCUGGAACAGUAGGUGUUCGUUUGUGUGAAUUUGCACCUGCUAUCUCAAGCAUGUCAUAAUAUUUCAUUGGGAAGGUGAUUGGACCGUCUGUAGAAACAGUCUUAUCUGCAGACUGCGACCGAUGUUUUCUGGAUCUUCCCCAGUGCUGGUGUUUGGUUUGAUUAAGUCUUGGCGAGCCGGAUCCUGUGCUUCUUUGACCCGGUGCUACAGCAAACAGCUAAUUUCUCAGAUGUUUUCUGGAGGCGCAUAUCAUUUUGCUUCUCCUAUAAUGGAUGUCAGUGGUAAACUCACAAAUGGCUGGUGUGAAAGAGGCAUUCUGGUUCAGACAGCCAAUUGAAUGGCUUCCACAUGCGUCUGCUGAAUCGCCGACUCUCUCUGUGGCCUUGAGCGCAUGUGUGUUUUCUGGAUGAUACAGAGUCGAAUCCUCCGUGGCGGUUCAGCAGAGGACAUCUGCAUUUCACACGAUUCAAAACAGACUCCUUGUUUUCCUUUUGAGGAUUUCAUUCAGUAAAUGAAGAGGACGAAUAAAAGAAGAAGAAACAAAUCUCUUUUAAGUCUGAUUCCCUUUGCAUAACACUAGGAUUUACAUGCUUGCGACUUGUAAUCUCUUUGUAGUGAACACCCACUGCAGUUUGUCCACCGUUGCAGGGGUGGCUCACCCAAAAAUGAAAAGUCUGUCAUCGUUUACCUUCAUGUCAUGGUUUUCUUUCUUCUGUGGAACACAAAAACAGGAUGUUUAGGCUGUUAUUAAGCACUAUUUUUAUUAUUAUUUCAUAUCCAUCUUGCACACUGCUUAUCCUCUAUAGGGUCACAGUGGACAGAUUGUUUAUUUUAUUUUAUAGUUCAUUUUAAUUUAUCAUUUUAAUUGCUUUUUAGUGGUUAAUUUUUAUUUAAAAAAUUUGAGUUUUAUUUUAUUUUAUUUUAUUUUUUUAUUUUAUUUUAUUUUUUUAUUUUAUUUUA